AUGGCAUCAUCCUUAUUAUCAAAGAAAAAAAUUACAGUUGUGGGUUCGGGUAAUUGGGGCAGUGCAUUCGCUAGUCAUGUUGGUGAGAAAAUGCAUGAAAUAAAAAGUCAAUUUCAUGAACGAAUUUUAAUGUGGUGUAAAGAAGAAAUAUUAGAUGAUGGAAGUAAAUUAAGUGAAGUUAUUAAUCGCGAACAUGAGAAUGUCAAAUAUUUACCAAAUAAAAAAAUUCCAGACAAUAUUGUUGCUAUACCUGAUCUUGUUGAAGCAGUUGAAGAUGCUGAUAUACUUGUUUUUGUUAUACCACAUCAAUAUGUAAAAAAUACUUGUGAACAAUUAAGAAAUAAAAUUAAAAAAGAUGCAUUUGCUUUAACAUUAAUUAAAGGAUUUCAAGUCGAUGAAAAAACGAAUGAAGUUUUACUUGCUUCACAGAUUAUUGGAGAUACAUUACACAUUCCAUGUGCUAGUAUGAUGGGAGUAGCUGAAAAAGUUUUUUGUGAAGCAACUGUUGGUUCUCGUAAUGAUAAACAUAGUACAAUAAUUCGACAAUUAAUUGAUACACCUCGUUUUCGUUUACGUUUUUAUCCUGAUGUUGAAAUUAUUGAAAUGCUUGGUGCUUUAAAAAAUAUUGUUUCAAUGUUAGCUGGUUUUUCAGAGGGUUUAGAUGCUGGUUUUAAUACUCGAGCAGCUAUUCUUCGUUUAGGUUUUCGUGAAAUGAUUAAUUUUUGUCGUUUAUCUAGAAAAGAAUCAACACCAGAACUUUAUUUUGAAUCAUGUGGUAUGGCUGAUUUAAUUGUAUCAUCAUUAGGUGGAAGAAAUUAUAAGGGUGCAAAAAAAAUGGCUCAAACAAAUAAAUCAUUAAAAGAUAUUGAAAAAGAAGAUCUUAAUGGACAAUCAUUACAAGGUCCAAGUACAGCAAAAGAAGUUUAUCGUUAUCUUCAAGUGAAAAAUUUAUUAGAUCGAUUUCCAUUGUUUCGUGAUGCUCAUCUUAUUAGUGAACAGAAAAUAAAAUCACAUAUAUUUAUCGAUAACUUAAGUUCACAUCCAGACUAUAAUCAAAAUAAUCGAAAAAUCUUAUAA